ACAGCUCGGUUAAGCCACCCUCAUCCGGCGUCGCUAUUGCUGUGGUUGACUCAACCAGGUGUGUUCAAUAAGCCUUCACCGGACCAACGCCGUCUCUGAUGGUAUGGGCGAAAUGUUAAUGGAGCUGCAGGCACACGCUCUCUCCCUUGGCGAGGUUGUUGUAUGCGUGACGGCGACAAAUCAGCCAACCCCGGAAUCGCUCAUGCGACAGCGGGAACACCCGUCGCCAAGAAACGGUCGUGGUUCAGUCUUCAAUCGAUGUCGAAGGUAAGCGCAUUUGAUAAAAGCUUCCAAAGCAGUGCA